AUGGCGGCUGCCAGUCCGUCAGCUUCGGCGCCUUCUCUCCCUAGAAAUGUAGUGAUUAAGACGGAGCCGGAGAGCGAGGACGACCUGCUCAUAAGUCCGGAGGAUGUUCCGGUCAAGCGGGACCCCGUGGUGGCGCUCAUGGCCCCGGUCAGCGGGCUGCAGCCGCUCAGCUGGUCGCAGGACCACCGCCUGGCUGUGUGCACCACCAGCUCCAUGUCAGUGAUGGAGCUGGUGUGUGAUGUGCACAGCAACAAACAGGAGCUCACCCUGCACAGGACCUCCAUCCCCGUCCCGACAGAAGCCUUAACAAUGCGGGUGGGACCCGCAGCAGAGCUAGAAGAAGCCAUGGAGAAGUUCUCCUCCCAUCCAGACCCCACAGUAAGGCAAGUGUUUCUGGCCGACAGAGUGAUGAACCCAUCACUAGGAACGCACAAAGGAAUAAAAUACGCCAGCUGGUCUCCGUUAGGUUGUGAGUCUAGCGGGCGCUGUCUGCUCGCUUGCCUAACACUCGACCACAGACUCACCAUUCACAACAGCCACAAGCGUCUCGAGUGGAACAUGCUCGUGGAUCUCACCAAAAAGUACAGCGAGAGGCUAAAGGAGCGAGGCUACUCCAAAAAAGACAACAAGCCCCCGCAGGCUAACCUGCUGGACUUCGACGAGCUGCAGCGGCGCUUCCGCAUGCAGACUCCUCUGAGGAUGGAGUGGUCGAGUGUUUACACGACCAAACAGGCUCAGCCGGACAACACGUGCAAAGACAUGGAGAUGGUCCUCCUCGCCGUCCUGAUGGAAAACGGGGACCUCGUUUUGUGGAAGUUUGUGUUGCCGUUUUUGAACGCGGCAGAUGUCGUGUUCUAUGACAUCAUCGAGUCGGGUGUGACGAGACCCAGCGACUUGGCCUGGUGGGAGUAUGAAAGCGCGGAUCGGCGGAUGAGCGGCCUGAUCAUCGGCAGCGAGGUGGGACCCGUCAAGAUCAUGCCGGUCAGCCUGUCGGGGGUGAAGGGCUACUUCACCCUCCGUCACCCCGUCAUCCUGUGGAAGGAGUGCGACGAGAUCGCGGUGGAAAACCUCAAAUGUGUCCCGAUGAUCCACCCGAUCCAGAAGUCCAGCUGCAGCCUCAUCGUGGCGUCGCGCGGCUGCUACGUCUUCUGGUGUCUGCUCAUGAUUUCACCGGCCGGACUAAACGUGCACAACUCUCACGUGGCCGGGCUGCACUCGCUUCCCGUGGUCUCGCUGGCGAUCAGCCAUCAAGGCGUUGCAGUAUACACAUGUUCUGUAGACGGGUGGAUAAAAAAGCUGACGCCGACAUUUACAGAGAACACUUUGAUUUUCAAACAGGAGGACAUGCUGCGGCCUGAGAACCUAACAGGAAGGAGGAUUCAUGGGAUCGCAGUGAGCAGGAAUGGAGCGUAUAUCGCACUUGCAAGCACACAAGGUAUGGUUGCUGGCUAUCAUCCGACUAACAGGACCUACCAGGUUCACUUUGUGACCCUGAAAACGCCAGAAACAGCAGCAGCACUUCUGCUCAAGUCCCCCACGCAGAGCUUGUACAAAAUGACCGAUCUGCUCGAUCUUGUGAGGUGGCAAAUUCUGAAAAACAAGUGCAUCCCCGCGUCGCUGCUGGAAGACCUGGAUCAGAAGAUCCAGGAGGUAGACUCGCCCUACUUGUGGCGUUUCAAGCUCUUUUUGGUGCGCAUGCUUUACCAGUCGCUACAGCUGCCUCCCACAGAUCACCGCUGGAAACCGACACACGAGGAGAACAAGGUGUUCGUGAGGGACGUGGAAGACGAGGACGGGGAGGACGGAAAGGACGAAGGAGACGCGGCGCGAGAGGAAGCCGAGCCCGGUGAUGUGAAAAAGGAGAAGGAGGAGAAUCGGGUGGAGCAGAUGGCGGAGGUCCAGGCCUGGAUCAACGCUGUAGAGACCCACAUGAUGAGAGAAAACAUGAAGAAGGUGCUGGGGGUGGUGUACCUCAACACCUGGAUUGCUCAGAACACCAGCAUCCCCACCUGCGGCCUGGUGGAGUACCUCUCCAAAGACUCUAACGACAGAGCGUCAGAGGUCCUGAUUGGCCACAUCAAGAAGAAGAUGAACAAGCAGACGUUCUUGGAGCGCUGCAGCCUGUGUCAGGCCGUGCUGCCCUUCUCCGACCACAGACAAGCAGUCUGUGAAAAUGGUCACAUGUGGCUCAGGUGUGUGUUGUCAUACCAGGCCUGCCAGACGCUGACGUUCAGACGUUGCCUCCUGCUGGAUACCGUUGCCAGACUGCCAGAGCCUGAGGAUCCAGAGUGGAUAAGGAAGAUCCUGCAGGCGCCCUGCACGCUCUGCGACUCGCCGAUGAUCUAGAGCUGAACGAUGGGAGGAACCUCAGGGCUUCCCUGCGACCUCAGAGCUCCGCACUCUGGCGCAGGGUCCACUUUUGUCAGACAUCACUGCUACAAUUUUUUUAUUUCAAGUAUUUUGUUCAUGUUUUUAUUACUUUAUAUUGCUAUCUUGAAAAGUGCAAAUAAAAGGCUUUGAUUAUA